AUGAAACCUAUUGCCAUCGUUUCCGCCAUACCCACCUCGCUGUUCGCGGCCCUGGUCAUUGCGGAUCGACAAUGCCCACUUGAGUCGGACUGCAUACAAAGGCUCUGCACUGACUUCAACUAUAGUAUCGAGUCCGCUGGGGAAAAGGGAUUCAUGAUGGAGGCUCGUUGCAAGAACGCGGUGGGUGUCCAUAUAUUCUCCAAGCUCAACCUUAAGAAGUGCAUUGCCAAUAGAGACGGUAUUCUACGUUGGGCCCCCGACGGCGAUUUCAGGUGCUCACACUGCCGUCUCUAUGAGACAGGGCCUGAUGAAUAUAUCGGCCUCCAGUGCGACUUUUGUCCAACGAGGAAUUUCUUCUGGGCCCACAAAUGGACUUGGAUAAAUCUUUCGUAUGGAAUAUGGGUCAGCAAGAACGGCGCCCUUAGCUGCUACAGCCACGAAGGAGAGUACCGCGCAUCUUCUUGA